CCCGAUAUUGUUAUUCGACUUUGAAGUAAGACAGCAAGAACGAAUCGUGGUCUCAUUACAACAUAAUUAUUAACGGGAAAAUGGCAGGUGUUAGUAGCCCUAAAAAAAAUCGUAUCGCAGAAUUGCAAACAGCUUUACAAAAAUACCACCCAGGAAAAACCAUUCGGUCGGAGGCAAGACGACCGAAGAAUCCUCCUCCUCAGACGAGAAUCGGAGUUUUUGGGGUACCUGGUGUUGGAAAGUCGGCCCUGAUCAAUUCUCUCCUGUAUGUCACUAACGAAGAAGAUAUGUGGAACCACGAUGCUCCUGAAGGCUACGUUGAACAAAAAUCUACUACCGAGAAGCGAGAUUCUUACGACCUGACUGACCAUCUGGCUAUCUGCGAUAACCGGGGUAUGCUGGACUUUAGCGAAAAAUUCAUGGGAGAAGUUGAAUACCAACUAGGGGGAGUUCGGCGAGAUGGCGAAAAGGUUGUGUGGAAUAAAACUGCAGUAGAGAAACUAAAUGCAUACCUUAACAGUAUGCGGAUGUCCAAAUCUAACUGCGAGUUAUUCCAGAUCCACUGUGCCGUGAUAGUUGUGAGUGGCGAGCACCUUGCUGUUAGAGCGGAUGAUUUAGCUGGCCUCGUCAAAACAAUAAAGAAUAUGACAGGAGAGCAUCCAAUUUUUGUCAUAACUCACAAAGCAACGUCAUCCGGCGGUCCAGUGAAUGAUUUCAAAUCUGGGCUUCUCAGUCUGGGAGUUCAAUUCGUCUUCGAGAUUGAGAACUACACAAAUAAAGAUCACUUCUAUGACGAAGAGAAGCACAUGGAGUUGCUGGAAGUUCUCAACCAAUGUACAAGAGUGGCUGAUAAAGCCUUACGAUAUGCCGAAACUCAAGAAUCGGCUUGCAUCCUUUUGUAAGAAAAUUGAUUGAUACCUCAAGGCUCUUGUGUACAUGAAGGCCGAUAUAAGCGGCGGUGUCGGGGCGAACUUUUUUAUCACAAAGUUUUAUUAAAUUGCCUCUGAUUGCGCCGACGCGUCGGUGCAAUCAGAGGCAAUCUGACGUCGCGACGCGUCUCUAAACUUAGAAAAUAAAGGGGGGAACCGAACCUGCAAUCUUCAUUUAGCAUUGCAAGCGUAAAAGGAUAGUACUUGGUUUAUAUUUUGACGCAGGUUAGAAAAUAUUUAGGAGAAAAAAAUGGGGAUCCUUUAUGACCCUUGGUGAGCCUAUUAGAAAGGGUCGUCUCUAACCCUAACCACUUGUUUCCCUGGUUAUGACGAAAAAAAACAUCUAAAUGGCACCGCUUCACCUGAUUUAGGCCUAAUGAAAAUCACAAUGAUUAUUAUGAUGGUGAUACUACUAAUAUAACAACAAUAAUAAUUAUGGUAGUAAUGAUAUAAAAAUAUAAUAGGUUAUAUGGUAACAAGGCGGAUCGUUUACAGCCUUAGUUGUGUGUUGCUUUUUUUUUCCUUACUGACCAAGAUCAGAAUGAAAAUAGGUUUAAAUUAUAAGGAGAUUGUAGAAAUUGUAUUUUGAAACCUGUAUACAGAUUACUUCUUGAAAUCAACUUCAUGAACAGGGGGGGGGGGGUUCAGCAUCGUCCAAUAGGCCAAUAUAUUAUGAUAUGGUCUGUAGCAUAAUGAGCCAAUAAUUCUAAGGGGUAAGACAUGGCGUAUGGGGCCACAUUUCCAAUAAGAGAGCGAAGCAAAAGAGUACAAUUUUGACCUUUUUAAUACGAAAACCUAAUUUUGUGACAAGGUUUGACAUAGUAUUUUGACAAUAAUAUAUUUCAACUCCUUCCCCUUUCUUUUCCUCUUUUCCUUGGUUUUGAAAAUUUUGGAUAUAUGGCCCCCAAGCCCCCCCCCCCACCCAUUCGUACGACAGUGAUGGUGAUAUUCUGAUUGUGUUGCAAACAUUGCAUGGAUGCCAUACUUUUCCCUAUAAAACAUAAUUAUGAAUCAUAAAACGAUUUUUCAAAAAAGUGUAAUUAUGAAUCAUGAAAAAGUCUCCCCAGUGUUAAAGUAUUAAUUGUGACAAUGAAUCUAUGACGAAGGAAUCAUAGCGAAAACCUCUUUGUGUGAAUAGCUUUGCAUUUGGUCAGAAAAUGUUUACAUCAAUAUGAUUUCGACCUUUUUGUUCUUUUUUUUUCUUUCCUGUAUAUAUACGCAUAUAUGAAUAAGUCGACAAUAUUUUCUUCAUUUCCAAGGGGGAUCCACACUUCACAAUAUUUGCUUUUAGUGGACUCCCUCAUUUCCAUUUAUGCUCAAUAUUAUACUGUUUUUUUUGUUUUACGAAGUAAGAAUGCACGUCUGUAAAAUUGUACUUGAUUUAUAUUUAGGGAAUAUUGGAUGGCCUUGAGUGGGAUGCGAAGAAAUAUUGUACGAGCUGAAGAACAAUAUUGGAUAUACAGCGAGUAACAAUAUUUAUACGCAUCCCACGAAAAUUGGUCAUCCAAUAUUAUUAUUAUUUAGAUACCCCCACAAAGCUAAACAUAAAGUAAUGGAGAAAGGAUACAAAAAACUCAUUUGGCGGAGGGUAUCAGAAUUUCAAAAAGAAAAUCACAUGCCUAAAAAGUUCAAUAUCUGCUCUUUUAUUUGAUACCUUGAUCAC